AUGUAUCGCAUCCGAGUUCGGUCCAAAGGCGGCGCGUCCGUGCUUGAAAUCGAUCCAUCAUGCACGUUUCUUGAAUUCCAGCAGAAAGCCCUGGCAGCCGCCUCACUUCCUGGCCCACCGUCGGCAUUCGCAUAUCGAGGAGGGUUUCCACCCAAGGAGAUUGAUGCGUCUCCAGACGAGCCAGUACGCUCUGUCUUCCAGUCCUCUGACACCGUCGUGUUGGAGCCCGUUGUAACCUCUACGGCAACAACUACCCGCGUUCCUCGACAGCUCAAAGGCACGAAAAAGUUUGCUGGUGUGGGGGUCAAGCUCGGGGCUGCAGGUUCAUCUGGAGACGCUCCCACGACUCCGCAGCCCUCCGUCGACGUUGUCGCCGCCGCCGCAGCUCCCGGUGAACCAUCCUCCCGAAGCAAUGCGAAAAAAGCCAUUAUCAAAGUCGUGCCGAAUCGAAAACGCUUCCACGGAGCUGGUAUCUCGCUCAACCAGGCCGCCCAAGCCCCCUUAAUCCAUCCACCACCUCCAGCAUCUACCACGAAACGUCCGCGCACGACAGCCAUCCAUUUAGACAGUAAAGCCGACGUCGAGUCCAAGCUAGUGAUGGCCGUAAGUGGCGGCUCGGGCAGCCAGUCGACCACAGACAAGUUCUUGCGCAAGGCAACUCGACGCGCCGUGGCCCAUCAAUACGACAUGACCCUCGCAAAUGCGCGACUGAAAGCCGCAUGGUCCACCAAGUUUACUGUUCAAGUGCUGGCCCAUGGCAGGAUGAAGGUUCGGUUUCUGGCGGGGGUGCGGGCGUGGCGGGAGGAGGAAGUUGACUGUCUCCAGCCCACGGAGCUCCGCACGGCGCUUAAGUACGUGGCACUCGCAGGGGGCGGCAACAAGGAGAUGCUCAAACCAUUCAACAUGGCCCAAGUCUCACCUCGAGUGUUUUGGAGCUUGGCGAGACUAUACGACGGUGACGUGGGUCGAGGACUGCAGACGUUGUUACCCGAAGAAGACUGGAGCUUCUUGGACACACGAACUCGCAUGCUGUCUGCCAAAGCGUUGGAAGCUCAGGCUACGAAUGGGGGAAGAUGGCGACGACACGAAGAAGGACCUCCGCCACGGACGGAACCAGCGGUGGCGGCAGUGUCCAUCGACCUGACUAGCGACUCGCCAGACGAGGACAACACGGAUAUACUUGACCAUCGAAGCAUGCGGAAUGCUGCCGCGAAGGCCGCCAUGGCUCGAUUACGGGAGGCCACUACCGCUAUGAACCGCCAAGACCUAUCACCAACCAUAUCCAUCCAGUCGACUCUUUCUCCCCAUACUUCGACCACAGCGUUGCCGAUCCUGUUCGAGGCCCCUGCGACAGCGAUCAACGACAAAUUCGAAGAGGCAGCAGCGUCUGUGACAGUGCUGUGCGACGCCUGCGGCAAAGCCCGCAUUGUGCUGGCAGCCGACGCGGCCAACAAUGGCCUUUUGGAUUCAAUAGACGAGCAGUCGACAACGUGGACAUGUGCGCAGCUACGAGAUCAGAGUAGUGGGGGAUGUGCCAAGCCCGACGACGAAGUGCUCGGCGUGGUCCAAGGCGACAUGGAGGUGGCGCAGAGCUUGGACGCGGUGGGUAUGAAGUCGCGGAAGGCGCUGGCCAAUGCCGAUGCCGACGCGCUGUUUUCUACCUGGCGACGGACGUGUCCACGGCAUGUGACCACACUCGACGCGCUCGAGUUGAUUGUGCAAGAGGCUCAACGCUAUGAACUGGACGAGUGCAUGCAGCAGCAUGUCCUGCAAGACGCACCGGAUGGGGUGCUGGCCGCGCUGGAAGCUGCCAAGCUGGCGACCCCGCACGAUCUCGCGAGGACCCCCGCGGAUUUAAUCGUCAGGGAGCUGGAGAUGUUUCAUGUGGCCGAGGCCAUGGUGGCCACGUGGCAAGCGCUGGCCAAUGACGCGAUGGAAAUGUCUCGGUGGAUGGAAGACUGGCGCAGUGUGUAGCCGCCAGAAUUAUUUCAAUGUAAAGUUCCAAACUUUAGACUCAACUCG